GUUCUUCUACAAGGACGAAGGACGAAUAGAAAAGGACCCUUCACUCUUCCUUCGUCUAUUGACCAAAGUCAGAGUACCACAAGCGUCUGACGAAGAACAAGUUCAAGACUAAGUUGUGUUCCUUCGCUCCUCAGUUCAUUGGUCCUUGGCCAUAAAAUCUGUGUUUGUCCCCCUAAACCAGUGUCCCCAUUCUAAGCCCUCAAGAUGAUGAUGCUAAAGAUGAUGAACCCUUUUGGGUCCGUGACAGAUAGCAUUCCCGGAGUGGGCGGUGGCGGUGGUGACGACGAUGAGGGAGAGAGCAAAGAGGAACAAAUGGAACAGGAGCGACUUCGCCAAGAGGCCAUCAAACAGGCCGAACGGGAGAGGAGAGAUAAAUACAAAAAGCAAGAGGACGAGAGAGAGGUCAUGAGACAAUCCAUCAGGGACAAGUAUGGCAUCGAAAAGCGGGAAGACGAGGAUGACGAAGACGAUGAUGACGACGAUGACGACGACUUCGGGUCCAGUUCCAAGAAGAAUGAGGAACCCGAUGACCCUGUUCUUCAGGCCAAAGCCAUGGCAGAGCAACAAUUGAACAAUAUCAAGGGCCAAGUGGGCGAGAAGUGUUCGAUCCAAUGAAUCUUCAAUUCAAGCAAGUCAAGGGCAUGGCCAUAAUAUGAUCCAGUUACUAGCCCUCAUCAUGAACCUCCUCAUGGGUUGAGAAUUGAUCGUCCUCGCUUUGUGUCAUUUGAUCAAACAAGCCCGUCGUCAAACCACCAUCGGCACUCAAUUGAAUUUGACCACUACUACAACUACUACUACUAACGUUCAUAUUAUCAUUUCUAUUAUCGUCUUCAUUUCGUCGAUUAGGUUCCUUUUUUUUUUUACCAGAAUGUACUCCCAAUCCCAACAUUUUCUCCUUCGACCAUCAACAAUGCAUCAUAUGAUGCUCAUCCAAAUUUGCCUAGUAUCAACUGCUAUCUAUCUUCCUUGAUAAUUCGAAGACCUCUGCUCAUCAUAACAUCAAUACAAUACCAAGAAACAAGACCUGAUGGUGGUCAAGUAGAUCGAAUAAAGUGAUAGCCACGCGCUGAGAAGAAGGCAUAAUAGAGAACAAGCGUUACUGAUUCGAGCUCCUUCACCAAGUAACAAAACAAGGGGAACACAUGUCACAUGUCAAGCAGAAACAGCUAAUCUGGAUCGCCGUUCGAAUUGUUGAGUUUAUUGCUAUCUGUUUCGAUUACGAUUAUCACUAUUAUAGUUAUCACCCUGAACAGAGUGGCCCAAAUGGUUUAUUAUUAUUUACACUCGUGUGGCAUGUCAGUAGAUUUGAUGCCAAAUUGUGUGUAAACGCAUAGCUUUAUGGUUCUUAUAUGAUAUCUAAUAUAUGAUUGUAAGGAGUUCAUCAAUAAAUUACUUGCAGUUGGUUUGUUAAGUACUCAA